GAUUUUUUUUAUUUUCUUUACCUGCUGUGUUAUGCUUAAACUGUGGCACUGACAUUUUUGUAUAUAAGCUGUCUUAUUAAGUAAUGAGUGUUCAGUUCAUUCAAAAUCGAAAACAAUGAAGACUUCAAUCGUUCUACUUUUCCUCCUCGUCGCCUGCUGCACUUUGGGGGUUGAAAGUGCCUGUAUUUGCACUGCCGAUUAUAGGCCUGUUUGUGGUACCAACGGUAGGACUUACAGCAACAGGUGCCAACUGAAAUGUGCGAAAGCCAUAUUUGCCUACGACGGGCCGUGCUGCGCAGCUGUCUUAUUAAGUAAUGAGUGUUCAGUUGAUUCAAAAUCGAAAACAAUGAAGACUUCAAUCGUUCUACUUUUCCUCCUCGUCGCCUGCUGCACUUUGGGGGCUGAAAGUACCUGUAUUUGCACUGCCGAUUAUAGGCCUGUUUGUGGUACCAACGGUAGGACUUACAGCAACAGGUGCCAACUGAAAUGUGCGAGAGCCACAUUUGCCUACGACGGGGCAUGCGGGAGUAACAUGUGAAUUUAGGGUUGCCAGACGUCCCGUAUUUCCCGGGACGUCCCGUAUUUUAUAGGCUUAGUUUAAAAUGUCUCGGCGGGACUGACUCUGUCCCGUAUUCGAACCGUAAGAUUAUAAUUGUAUUGGUUUUUAUAAAUAUGUUAAAACAUAUAAAAAUAUGUUAAAAAUAAAUAAAUAAUGUCACUAUAUAA